AUGCAUCGAUUGGCACGCAUCUACACCGCGCUCGGCCGCCCCGCGGAGGCCCUGAGCGUGUACGCCCGGAUUCAGCCUCCGGCCUCUGCAAAGGACAAGGCCCCCGCGGAAUCCAUGCUGCACCACGUCACCCAGGCCGAGCAGACGCUGAAGCAGGUCAACGGCGGCGGCUCAAUGGUGCUGUAUUCCCUCGACCAAGCAGUCCGGGGCCUGGGAGCCGCCAUGACACAGCCCCGCGCAUGGCUCCUGAUGCGCAUCGAGGCAUACCUAAAGAUGGGCAACGUCAACGCCCUGGGAGACGCCCAGAACAUCGCCAUGUCCCUGCUGCGGGAAAACAGCCAGGACCCCGACGCCCUGUUCCUACGGGGCCGAUUGUUCUACCUCCAAGGCGACGCCGACCAGGCCAUCAAACACUUCAAGCGCGUGCUCAGCCUCGACCCGGACUCGACCCAGGCCGUCAAGUACCUGCGCAUGGUGCAGAAGCUGCUGCGAAUUAAAGACGAGGGAAACACCGCGUUCAAAGCCCGGCGAUACCGGGAAGCUAUCGCUAAAUACACUGCCGGCCUGGAGGUCGACCCGACCAACAAAGAUAUCAACUCCAAGAUCCUUCAGAACCGCGCCCAGGCCCGCUACAACAUCAACGAAUACGACAAGGCCAUUGAAGACUGCACCAAGGCCCUGGAGCUCGAUCCCACCUAUGUCAAGGCGAAGCGCGUGCGAGCGAAAACGUACGGCACCAAGGGUGACUGGGAAAAGGCGGUAAACGAGCUCAAGGCCAUUGGCGAGAGCCACCCGGGCGAAAAGGGGCUCCAGGAGGAGCUUCGCAAUGCCGAGUGGGAGCUGAAGAAGAGCCAGAGGAAGGACUACUACAAGAUUCUCGGUGUGGAAAAGACGGCUACCGAGCAGGAGAUCAAGAAGGCGUAUCGGAAACUUGCUAUCCAGCACCACCCUGAUAAAAACCGCGAUGGGGACCAGAGCGAUGAGCUGUUCAAGGAGAUUGGGGAGGCGUAUGAGAUUUUGAGUGAUCCACAGAAACGGGCCAGUUACGACAAUGGCGAUGACCUGAUGGACCCCAACGACAUGUUCACUCAAGGCUUCGGCAUGGGCGGAAUGGGAGGUAUGGGAGGCAUGGGUGGCAUGGGAGGCCAGAACAUCCACAUCGAUCCAAACAUCAUUUUCAAUAUGAUGAACGGCGGAACCGGCGGCUUCGCGCACGCUACCAGCAACCCGUUUGAAGGCCGCCACCACGGCGGCUGGUAA